UCAGAACGAGCUUCGUAUCGCUGGUUUUCAAGAGUUUGAACGGUUGUGAAAAGCGAGUCGAGAAACACAACAUCGUCUUUUUUUUAGUUUGCAACAUUAUCAUUCAUCGGUGUGCCGACUUGGAUUAGGGCAUCAGCCUGGGUUUGCUGGGCUGCUGAUCUUUGACUUGUGUCGCUCUGCGUGACGUCUUCUACAAUGGACGAGGGACAAGAAGAGGCGACUUUUGUUGCUGAGGAAGUCACGCAGCUGGUGAUGGACGUUAUUGAGCCGCUGCUGGCUGGUUCAAACUAUCAGCACAACCGUAUCAACCAGUGGUCCUCGGCGGUGGUUGAGCAAAGCUUGAACAGCUUAACGAAACUUGGCAAGCCUUUCAAAUAUAUCGUUAACUGUGUUAUCAUGCAGAAGACUGGUGCAGGAUUCCACCAGGCCAGCUCGUGUUACUGGGAUAACGCCACCGAUGGUAGCUGCACAGUUCGGUGGGAGAACAAGACAAUGUACUGCAUCGUCAGUGUCUUUGCACUGGCCACGUGACAUGCUCCGGAGCAUCGCUGCUGCUACUGCCGCGGCUACUGCUAUCACCACCUUCCACCUGGACUUGGUAACUCUCUCUCUCUCUCUACAAAUGGUAUGACAACCGGGACCGAAUAUCUCUGUGCAUUCAUCAAUCAACUGCUAUCGCCGUGCGCAUCAUAGAAGCAUGCACAUGAGAAUCACAGUAUCAUUAUAUUGCCACCACGGUAUGCAUCGUCAUGAAAUGAUGCGUGACGUUUUUGAACAUGUGCACUUUUAGGACUCUGCUUCGCCAUUGGAUUAUCUAACAGCGUACUCGCAUCUCUGUACCCUUUGCCCCUAACGACUAACCGACCCGCUGUGCUGGUUUUUGUGAUUGUCGAUUCAUAUUUUUUAGCUACUUUCUGUGUACAUAUGUGCAUGAGCUUGUGCAUGCUGGUGGUCGAGUGUGUUCUUGAUGUUAUUGCACUUGAUUCGCACUGCUCUCUGGCUUUCUUGCGAGCGUGCAUUGCUCGUUCAACCAAUUAGUUUCUAUGUACUUUCAAUCUCUGGCUUUUCUUCUGUAUUGUUUACUGCCAAGUAAGUGUACUUGCCUACUGGGCUACACACAGUUUCAAUGCUCUGUGAUCUUGUAUUGUCACAGGGAGCUCAGUGUUAAAUGUUGUUUUUGUUUUAUGUGCACAUUGCCAGGAUUUUCGUGACAGCCCCACUGUGUGUUAACCGACAGCAUUGUUUGUAUGCCUCUA